AUGGCUUCUCCUGGAGUCCCUGAUAACGGCGAAGGCUCGUCAACCCAGCAGUAUCGGUCGACACCUAUUUCCACCGGCGGAUUACGCUCCGGAUCUCCUGCUACGGACGUGUCGACGAGGCAAGCUUCGAUUGCUCGCCUAGCAUCCCCCAUACCUUCUCCCUCGAGCUCUUACCCCUCCAGGCAAUUGCCUGUCCCUGUCCAACCGGGCCCUGUCACAGAACAGGAUCUCCGGAGGGUCGAUGACCCCUCCUCACUUCCGGGCCCUGGCCAGUCUAUGAUAGCCUCGGCCCUGCAAGAAAGCCUGGGUCGCUCGCCUCCGCGAUUCGGGACCCCACCACGACGCACAGCGUCCCCUGCCCUACACAGUCAGCAUAUCCGAUCCAACUAUGGUUCCUUCGACAACAAGGCAGGAAGAGAGGGUUCCGAAUAUUCAGUGGGCCCCUACGAGGAUCCGGAAGUUGUCAAAAGACACCUGGUCCAACCCCAGAACGCGAUCGAGAGCCGGGAUAUCCACUCCUCGGGCCACGCGAGUAAUACAGAAGACCAUUUCUCUAGUCUGCAACUGCAGGGAGGUGAUAUUACUCGACAGGUAUACAGGUGGGCGGAAGAGGCAGAUCCUGAGAGUGGACGAUACCACAACCGAAGUAAGAGCUUUAGCCUCAGUCGGCCCACCCCUGAAGAUGAAACGAUGAACAUCAAUAGCAUCCGAGUGCCGGGAGGGUUUCGUCGAGACUAUAUUCGAAGAGCAGCUGCUCCUGGUGCUCCCGAUGGACCCGGGCCUCAAGCACCACCCGCGCAACCACAGCUUCCUACAAGUAGCUUUCUGGAGUUCCUGACGCUCUAUGGCCACUUUGCGGGUGAGGAGCUAGAGGAGGACGACGAAGUCUUGGGGCCAGACGAGUACUUUUCGUCUGAAACUUGGGAGGAAGAAGCCAGAGAAGUCGGGGAAGAGUCGGCCCUCCUCCGUCCUGAGACCCCUGGUCGCAGGAAACGGAAGCCGCGCGGAGGCACCGGAAAUACAACUCGCACGGGUGCAGCUCUUCUCCUACUCAAGUCCUUUGUUGGCACCGGAGUUCUAUUUCUACCUAGAGCUUUUCUGAACGGCGGAAUGCUUUUCAGCAGUCUGGUGUUGCUCGGUGUCUCGCUGCUCAGUUACUACUGCUUCAUCCUCCUAGUAAACACACGUCUCAAGGUUGAAGGCUCCUUCGGUGACAUUGGAGGCGUUCUCUAUGGGAAACACAUGCGACGCAUUAUCCUGGGAUCCAUCGUACUCAGUCAACUGGGCUUUGUAUCCGCAUACAUCGUGUUCACCGCCGAGAACUUGCAAGCAUUUGUUCUGGCUGUCAGCAAAUGCAAGUCCUUCAUUGACAUUAAGUUUAUGGUGUUGAUGCAACUAGUCAUCUUCCUGCCGCUAUCAUUGAUCCGCGAUAUCAGCAAACUCGGGUUCACUGCCCUAAUUGCUGAUCUGUUCAUCAUGCUCGGGCUGAUCUACCUCUAUUACUAUGACUUCCUCACGAUUGCUUCGCAAGGGGGCAUUGCCGACAUUAAGCCCUUCAACCCGUCCACUUGGACUCUCUUCAUCGGCACCGCCAUCUUCACCUAUGAAGGGAUUGGCCUGAUCAUUCCGAUCCAAGAAUCUAUGAAGCGGCCGCAACAGUUCGCCGGCGUCCUGGCCGGGGUGAUGGUCAUCAUUACCGUGAUCUUCCUCUCUGCCGGAGCGCUGAGCUACGCUGCCUACGGAUCUGCGACGAAGACUGUGGUUAUUCUGAACCUUCCUCAGGACGACAAGUUUGUGAAUGUUGUUCAGUUCUUGUAUUCCCUUGCCAUCCUCUUGAGUACACCUUUGCAGCUCUUCCCGGCCAUUCGCAUCAUGGAAAACGAGCUCUUCACUCGCAGUGGCAAGUAUAACCCGAUGAUCAAAUGGAAAAAGAAUUGCUUCCGUUUUUUCCUGGUCAUGAUCUGCGCAUUCAUCGCAUGGGGUGGGGCCGAAGAUCUGGACAAGUUUGUCUCGCUCGUUGGCAGCUUCGCCUGUGUGCCGCUGAUCUACGUCUAUCCGCCCCUUCUGCAUCUUCGCAGCUGUGCUCAAUCAAGACGACAGCAGAUUGCCGACAUAGGACUGUCCUGCUUCGGUGUUAUUUGCUGUUUGUACACGACAGCGCUGACUUUGGCAAACUGGGUCCAAGGUGGCGAUGUCAAAGCACCCGGCUACUGUGAUUCUCAGUAG